UGGUCCCCUUCAGGCUCUGGUCCCAUGGGAGUGGGGCUGUGGGGUGGCAUUGAUCCCGAGGCUGGGGAUGGGACCGAUUCCGAGGCUGUGCAUCCCUCACCAGGGAUGGGAUCGAUCCCGAGGCUGGAGAUGGGAUCGAUCCCGAGGCUGUGCAUCCCUCACCAGGGCUGGGAUCGAUCCCGAGGCUGUGCAUCCCUCACCAGGGAUGGGAUCGAUCCCGAGGCUGUGCAUCCCUCACCAGGGAUGGGAUCGAUCCCGAGGCUGUGCAUCCCUCACUGGAGAUGGGAUGGGAUCGAUCCUGAGGCUGUGCAUCCCUCACUGGAGAUGGGAUGGGAUCGAUCCCGAGGCUGUGCAUCCCUCACCAGGGCUGGGAUCAAUCCCAAGGUCGUGCAUCCCUCUCCGGGGCUGGCAGAGCUGCCCAGUCAGCUCAGGGGGUGGCUCAGAGGCCUCUGCCCUCCUGGGCAUCUCAGCCCCCAGGCCCAGGGCAAGAAGAGGGCAGCUGGGGCUGUGCUGGUGGAGCUCCGGGAUCGCUCCCAAAGGGCUCGUCGGAGGGAUAUUCGGAACCCAGGAUGGAGCAGGGAGCUGGGAUGGAGCAGUGGGGACACUCCAGUGCCCCCCAGGGCGAGGGCCCAGCCCUCCCCCAGUGCCUGUCCCUCCUGCCCCAUGGUAGCUCUGGAGGUCCUCGCCGUGAGGACACGGGACACGGUGCCCCAGCAGCCCCCCAGGGAGCCCUGGGGGUGGGCGAGGGCCAGGCCCUGCCCUUCCCUCCCCGUGGAGGGCUCCCACAGCUCAAACACCCUCCUGAGAUCCCCCACCCAGAGGGGUCGGCGGCUGGACGGCCCCGGGGGGGGGCUCACAGGGUCUCUGGCGUGGUGGGAGCUAUCCCCGCGUGCCUCGGGAUCCUCCGCGUAUUCCCUUUGGAUUGGUGAUCCCCGCGGCCGGAGCCUUUCCUGCUGCGUGUCUUCGGGUAGGGCUCUUUCCCGUCGUAUCCAGGCGGGGAAGAGCCGCCUUUCCCAGCUCCCAGUGUGCGAGACCCCUCACUGAGGAACGUCCCGGAGGCGUUUGGAGGUUGUUGCUGUUGAAAUCCAUCCAAAUAAAAACCA